UACUCUCUUCUUUCGAUUCAAAAUCGCUGCCGGCUUCAGCACAACCGUAAUCGAACAGAUCCAGGUUGACGCCAGGGCGCGCGCAUUUUGAACAGACAUCAAAAUGGGAGUCGAGGAAAAGACGCGCGCGUCGGGCGAACAGUCCCGUGAGCAGAACGAGCCCGUUCUCCCCACCGUCAACCCCCAGGUCGAAAAGCCACAACCUCCCAAGCCUGCGCUCCAUCCCGCAUUCUAUGUCACUGUCUGGAUUGCCCUCAGUUCUUCCGUCAUCCUGUUCAACAAAUGGAUUCUCUCGACGCUCGGUUUCGCCUAUCCGGUCCUCCUGACCACGUACCAUCUUGGGUUUGCGUCCAUCAUGACCCAGCUUCUCGCUCGGUACACCACGCUGCUGGAUGGCCGGAAGACAGUCAAGAUGACGGGCCGAGUCUACCUCCGCGCCAUCGUUCCGAUUGGCUUCUUCUUCAGCUUGAGCCUGAUCUGUGGCAACCUCACCUAUCUGUACCUCAGCGUCGCCUUCAUUCAGAUGCUCAAGGCCACAACCCCGGUCGCUGUCCUUCUGUCUAGCUGGGCACUCGGCGUCUCGCAGCCGAACCUUAAGGUCUUCCUGAACGUUUCGGCCAUCGUCGUUGGCGUCAUCAUCGCCUCCAUCGGAGAGAUCAAGUUCGUGUGGAUCGGCUUCAUCUACCAAAUUGCCGGCAUCAUUUUUGAGGCGCUCCGUCUCACCAUGGUCCAGCGCCUUCUGAGCUCUGCCGAGUUCAAGAUGGACCCCCUGGUCUCGCUCUACUACUUUGCUCCUGUUUGCGCCGCCAUGAACUUUGUGGUCGCGCUCUUCUGGGAAAUUCCCAAGGUCACCAUGAGCGAAAUUUACAGCGUCGGUCUGUUCACGUUCUUCCUGAACGGCUUGUGCGCCUUCAUGCUUAACGUCUCCGUCGUCUUUUUGAUUGGCAAGACGUCGUCUCUGGUCCUCACCCUUUGUGGUGUUCUCAAGGAUGUGCUUCUCGUCGUCGCCUCCAUGAUCAUCUGGGGUACGGAGGUGACUGUCACCCAGUUCUUCGGCUACAGCAUCGCCCUCUGCGGUAUGAUCUACUACAAGCUCGGCUACGAGGCAAUCAAGGGCUACGCAGGCGAGGCCGGUCGGCAAUGGGCCGACUUUGGCAACCGCCGCCCCGUGCUUCGCCGCAUCUCCACCAUCCUGCUCGUCCUCUUGGUUGUCUUCGCGGUUCUCAAUGAGCUUGCGCCGUCGGUCGACCCUUCGGUGUACCUGGACGAGGCCAAGAGCAAGAUGGGCCUGUCCAAGCUCUAAAGCCGCAAGAUCCAAGACACGGAAAAGGACGAUGGCAAGGGUGUGAUAGGGAAUUGCGCUUUUGGGAUCCUCGCGCAAUGUCUUCUUUGCACCAUACCAUACGACGACUUAAUGCGGGAAAAGUGCAAAAUGGUUCAGAUUCUUUCUGCUCUCGAAACAA